AUGACCGUCAGUCGAUUAGACCAGCUCUACCGCAGGCUUCUUUUGACAAAAUUUUUCACAAGAGGAUGGGGGAAACCCGACAAUUUGAAAAGGUUGUUUGCAUUCAGAAAGAUCUUGUCAAAUAGAGACACUUGCCAGCACUUGGUUGCAUCAGAUUACCCAAUCAACAUUGACAGUGAAACUCGGGAUGGCGAUUGUAUUAUCCUAGAAGGACACUUUACUUCUCCCUUCAUUCACCAUCUGCCAGGCAUCAUGCCCAAAGAGGUGGAGACAGCAAGUUUCCAGAUGAUUCUCCCACUCCAGUGGCAGCAUUCCACCGUGAAGCCUGUGUGUAUUCAUCUUGCAGGCACUGGCGACCAUUAUUUCUGGCGGAGGAGGAUUUUCACAGCGAGGCCUUUGCUGAAAGAGUCUGGGAUUGCAUCCAUCCUGCUUGAAAAUCCAUAUU